AUGUAUUACGGUAACCGUACCAGUGCUAAACCUUGUCGCUUAAAGGCUUUUGUCCUGAUGAUGAUUAAUUCCAAACCGCAACAUUUCCAUCGACGUCGUGCUAUAAGAAAAACUUGGGGUGAUAGCUCGUUUUUUAGCCGUAGAUGCAAUCAUCCUUAUGCUUUACGAGUACUAUUUGUUGUUGGUAGAACUGAUAAUUCUACUCUUGAUGAUUUGAUCGAACAAGAAUCAACUAAGAAUGGUGAUAUGAUAUUAGCUGACUUUAUCGAUAAUAUGAAAAAUUUAACGGAAAAGACUAUUUUAUCGAUGGCUUGGUCUCUUAAAUAUUGUGAUCCUGUUUACGUUUAUAAAGGUGAUGACGAUGUCUUUGUCAAUACUUUUUACCUAUUUCAAUUUUUACAAUCUUAUGCUAAUGUCGGACGUGCUAAAAGAUUUUGGGUUGGUCGUGUCAAUCCAUCGCUGUUAGUUCGACGUGUCGAACGUAAUAACAGCAGUAAAUAUUAUGUACCAUAUGAAGAUUAUCAAGAUAAAUAUUUUCCAAUUUUCCCAUCUGGAUUCUCUUACGUUAUGUCGGGUGAUGUAGUUCGUGGUUUACUCAAAUUUGGUCCAAAAACAAUGAAAUUGAAAACUGUGGAUGAUGUCUACGUUGCUAUUUUAGGUAAACAAUUUGGUCUUACACCUAGAAAUGAUAGGCGAUUUCAUUUUUAUGUUACUAAUAAUCCACGACGUCGAUACAGUCUUAUAAUGGUUAGAUCAAGAUUUGCUGAGCAUGGAAUAUUAAAAGAAGCACAACAAACAAAUAUGUAUCAUUUAGCUAAAGCUAGCAUGAACCCUCGCUUUAUUUGUCAUCAUUAUCCUAAGCAUGAGCUGCUACAACACGAUUAG